AUGAUCUUUGGGGUAAAUAGUUUUACUCCAGAAGGUAGAGGUGGUCAUGUAUCUGCUAUAGUUAAAGAUAAGAUUUAUUUUAUGGGUGGCUCUCGUAGACUUUCAGAUGAUAAUCCAAUAAAAAAAAAGUUUUCAAUAAGAGGUUAUAAUUUAUCAGAUCAAGUUUUUUCUUUGGAUCUUACGUCGCCAUUUUCUACAGUCAGCCCACCAUUUAUUGAUCUUUCCGAUAGCACUUCACGAAUGCCGUAUGGAAGCGUAAAGGCUAACAAAGAUAAUGUGUAUCUCGUUGGAGGUACAUUACAAGAUCUUAAACUCCUUGAUCAAAUAGAUCGUAAUGAAACUCUUACGGAAUCAUUAAUGCAAAAAGAGUUAAUUAAAACUUGGAAUGUAACUGAUGGAAAUAAAGAAUUAAAUAUUUUUAUUUACCGACCAACUAUACAAACUUGGUUUAUUCCUGAUAUUAAUGGAGGACCAACAAUUAGACGUAGAUCAUCCUCAACAGUAAUAAGUCAGGAUGGAAAGAUAUAUCUAUUUGGAGGAAGAGCCGAAAAUGAUACUGGCUCACCUGACCUUAUUUUAUUUAAUGAUACCUAUAUUUAUAAUACCAUUACACCAGGAUGGAAAAAAAUUAGUGCAAGUAAUGCUCCUUCUGCUCGAAGUCAUUGUACUGCGACAUUACUUCCAAAUGGUAAAAUACUCUAUAUUGGAGGUGUUUAUCAAGAUCGACCUGGAGAAGAUACGAUGCCAAUUGAAAUGAACGAUCAAGCAACAACACCUGCAGGAACUUCUAUUGAGGCUCGUGUGGGCCAUACAGCAACCUUAACACCAGACAAUAAUGCAAUUAUUGUUAUAGGCGGAACCUCAAGUAAAUAUUAA